AUGAGUCAAAGUCAUGGUUACUUUGUGGAGCAUACCACUACAAGAGAUGAUAUCAUGAUUUACAAUGUUGUAAGUUUUCAAAGUUCAUCCUCAAAACCAAGGCAACUCAUGCAUGAUAGACAAAGAGAUCAUAUAUCUUGUAGUUGUGGAAAAUUCGAGUUUGAUGGCAUUCCGUGCAGACACAUGCUAGCUUUCUUCCGGAUUAGCCAAAUAUUUGAACUACCUAAGAAGUAUGUACUCACAAGAUGGACGCAAGAAGCAAAGAUUGGUGUUGUUUAUGCACUAGAUGAUGAAAAUACCAACGAUGAUCCAACAAGACUUUUGAUGACUCGACGCUCCAAGUUAUCCUAUAAGGCUUCAAUAUUGAUUGAUUAUGCAUCUUUGACUGAUGAGGGGACAAAGUUUUUGAAUGAACAACUUGAUUCCUUGCAUGGAAAAAUCAAAGAGAUGGGUGCUAGUUCAACCACUGUGCCCAGUAGUCAAACAAGGAAGAACUUAGAUAAACCCAGAAAUAUUGGCGAUCCUUCUAAUAUAAGAACAAAGGGAUGCGUGUAA